AUGAAGGCGGGGGCGAGGGCGAUGGUGGGAGCGGUGUUGAUGAUGGUGUGCUGCUCGGACUCAAACCAAGAGGAUAACAGCAGCAGCUACUCCAACGAUGAGAUACCAGGAGCGAGAAGACAUAACAAAGAGUUCUACCUCUCUGCGGCGGCUGUCUUCCGGGACGAGGACGAGUACCUCCUAGAAUGGCUCGAGUUCCAUCUAUGUAUGGGUGUCGAGCACUUCUUCUUGUACAACCAUCACUCCAAAAAUGAGAAGAUUGAUGAAUUGCUGGGACCUUACAUCCGCCGAGGUAUCGUAACAUUGGAUGAUGCCGUCUGCGACGUCCAUUGCCAAGUUCCGACCUAUCAGAGGUGCAUGGAUGAUCAUGGGCACCGAUCCAGAUGGAUGGCGUUCAUCGACAUCGACGAGUUCUUGAUGCCGUCUCCGCCCUCCCAGGGGCAGGAACAGCCGGGAGCGUUUCCGCUUCGAGCAGCCUUGACGUCAUACGAGAGCCAUCCCGCUGUCCUGGUAAACUGGCUGACCUUCGGAUCUUCGAACCACACCAAGAAUCCUCCGGGGCUCGUGCUGGAGAACUACAUCUGGAGAGCAGAAGAGCCAUCUGAGGUCGUCAAGAGCAUAGCUCAACCAGAUAGAGUACAAGUGGCUGGAGGGCAUAAUCACAGAUACAAGAAUGAUGAACCUGCCGUGAACGAGAAGAAACAGGAGGUAUUCUUCAACCAUUCCUCGGGGGAGCCGCCGUCAGUCAGCAGACCAGCGUCCGUUGACAUUCUCAGGAUCCAUCAUUAUCGGACGAAGUCGAGAGAGCAUGCCUUUCACCGCUUUGAGCGAGACUCAAUUUUCAGGUUAAACGACUUCGACAACGAGGAUAUCUACCCUUCGACAGAGCUAUCUCAGAUGGAAUGGAUUUCAAAGUGA